UUACUCAGAAUCGUUGCUGUCGUUGAACGAGUAGGUCGGGUAGAAUGUGGACUUUACUCGCCCUUAUCAUUUGUUACUACAUCCUGUGCAUUGGUGCUGCGAACGAAGAACUGGAAUGUCCUGAAAUCAGUGACGGAUAUUACCCAGACUGUCGAUGCAAACACGGUCCAGCCUACGACAAUGAAACAAACACUUGUCCAAAUCCUGAAUGUCCAGUAAAUGAGAGCUUUGGAAUCUAUCCGCACUGUGUGUGCCAAGAGGAAAACUUCCGUUACAGUGUCACUUUCAACGAAUGCUCUCGAGUUUGUCCGGAAAAUCGCGGUUAUUGGCCCAAAUGCCACUGCGACUUCUAUGGUGACAUUUUCAGUGAGGAAUUGUUCAAAUGCAGUACUUGUCCCCAAGACAGUACCGGUCAAUAUCCGGAUUGUAAUUGCAAAAGUGAUAGCGCCAUUUAUAACAAGCUAGUCAAUUUCUGUAAAGAAUCUAAUCCUGAAUGUCCAGUAAAUAAGAGCUUAGGAAUCUAUCCUAACUGUGUGUGCCAAGAGGAAAACUUCGGUUAUAACGCCAUUUUAAACGAAUGUUUUCGAGUUUGUCCGAAAAAUAGCAACGGCUUUUGGCCCAAAUGCAACUGUGAUUCCGAUGGUCAUACUUUCAGUAAGAAAUUGUUCGAAUGCAACGCUUGUCCCGAAAACAGUACCGGUCAAUAUCCCGAUUGUAAUUGUGAGGGUGAUGGCGCCACUUACAACCGUUUUGCCAAUGUCUGUAACGAGACUAAACAAUGUCCGCAUAAUGGCAAAUACCCGAAUUGCACAUGCGAAGUUAACACAAUCUACAACGAUUUUACCAACAAGUGCCAGUGUCCUUUCGAUGGUAUAGGUGUUUACCCGAAUUGCGAUUGUGCGAAGGGAUUCACUUUCGAUGAAAUAACCAAGUCUUGCCGGAGAUGUCCCCGCCUCGGUCCAGACAAAAAAGUUCCCGUUUAUCCAGACUGCGUUUGUGUAAACGAAAACAGUACGUACGUGAGGGAUUCGAAUUCGUGUUACACAUGUCCAGCUAAUAGCACUGGAAAAUAUCCGAAUUGUGAUUGCGAACAUCCAUUCCAGUAUCUUCAGAAAUUCAACAUUUGUGCGGGUUGCCCCGAAAAAAGUACAGGAGUUUAUCCACAUUGCAAGUGUGACAAUGGCUAUUUCAGUCAGACUAUGCGAAAAUGUAUUGAGUGUCCAGCUGAUACUACCGGUCUGUAUCCAGAGUGUAAAUGUGACGAUGAACGUUUGGCAUUCAGUCCGUACAUCAAUGAGUGCUAUCGUAAAUGUCCCGAAAAUAGCUCGGGCAUUCGACCGAAUUGUAGAUGUGAUAGUGGAUAUUACUACGAUGAUAGUGACUUUGCAUGUAAAAGCGGAAUUGGGCGGAUGUGUCCAUUCGAUAGUAUUGGAAUUGGUCCGGACUGCUUAUGUGUAAAAGAAUAUCACGAAUUCGAUUCAUCCUUCUGGUCUUGUCAGACCUUUCAGCGUAUUUAUGCUUCGUCACACUUAUGUCCCAGAAAAAAUGGCAAAUGGCCGCAAUGUGGAGCAUUAGUCGAUUAUGAAUAGAAUAUACUAACCACUUAGGUAAGCUUUCACGACUUUGAUGUUCAUCUAUAACGAUUCACUAAAAUAAAAUUAUUAUUGGCAAUAAAAUCGGGAUGCUCCGUUU